GAUGUGAUGUAAAUACACAGAAACUUUUUUUCUGUCCCUCUCUCCUUGGCGUAUGUCUUCUUCUUUCAACAAACUGCUGCGUUAAAAGUAGAAUAAGAGCAAAAGAAGUAAAGUAAAAAGUCGCGUAAGUGAAGCAUCGGGGAGGUAAAGGCACCGUUAGUUUUGUCCACCAUGAUCCUGUGAGCUCCUACGUCUGUCUCCGACAACAAACUCAAGAGGAGCCGGACUGCACUCCGAGAAAAACGAAUCGAAGCGGAGAGAGGCUCGCUGCUGGUGUGGACCCGGAGGGAAACUGCGGACAGAGAUGUAGCGUGUGUGUUGGUGUGAUCGGCGGACCAUCAUGCACCUCUUCUUGCUGCUGAUCCUUCAAGCUACAGCAGCCAUCGGACAGAUUGAUCCCGCACACUGUCGCUACCCCUUGGGCAUGGAGGAUGGACGGAUCAAAGAUGAUGCGCUCAAAGCAUCCAGCCAAUGGCACGAAACAACAGGACCACAGUACGCCAGGUUGAAUCGUGAGGAGGGAGACGGCGCCUGGUGUCCUGCAGCGCUGCCAUCAGUCAGUCAGUACCUCGAGGUGGAUCUUGGCAGACUCACCUUUCUGACGGUUAUUGGUACUCAGGGACGAUAUAUCAGGAACUCUGGGAAUGAGUUUGCCCGAGAGUAUCGCGUAAACUACAGCAGGGACGGCAAGCUGUGGAAGUCCUGGAGGAAUCGGCAGGGGAACGAGAUUAUCGAGGGAAACAAAGACGCCUACACCUCUGUCAUAAAGGACCUCCGCCCUCCGAUCGUCACCCGCUACGUCCGGCUGCUCCCCGUGACCAGACUGUCCACCACCGUCUGCAUGAGAGUGGAGCUGUACGGCUGUUCAUGGGACGAUGGCCUGAUAUCCUACAGCGCUCCAGAGGGUCAGCGGAUGCAACCGCCGGGUUAUCCCAUCGCCAACCUCAAUGACUCCACAUAUGAUGGAGUACACGAAAGGGGGAAGCUUUUCGGCGGCCUGGGUCAGCUGACGGACGGCGUGAUCGGCCAAGAUGACUUCACACGGACCCACGAGUACAGCGUGUGGCCUGGCUACGACUACCUGGGCUGGAAGAACGACUCGCUGGAACACGUGGAGAUGGAGUUCGUGUUCGACAGGCAGAGAAACUUCACCUCGAUGAAGGUCCACAGCAACAACAUGUUCUCCCGCGAUGUGAAGAUCUUCUCCUCGGUCUCCUGUUGGUUUAAGCCCCACUUUGUAUGGGAGGCGGAGCCUGUGGAGUUCAGGACGGUGCUGGAUGACCGGAAUCCGAGCGCUCGCUACGUCACCGUGGAUCUGAACCACCGCACUGCCAAAUCCCUCCGCUGCCGCUUUUACUUUGCUGACGUCUGGAUGAUGUUCAGAAAUAAGAUUAUAGCUUAUGGUCCACGUCGGAUUCUUGAUGAGGAGGUGACGGUCCGGCUGUCGUCCUGCAGUGACACCAUCAUUUUACAGACUCCACCUGUGCCCCCGCGCUCUGGACGCGCCCCGACUGGUCCCGUGAACGCUGACCCUCACUAUGAGAGAAUUUUCCUGUUGGACCCUCAGUACCAGAACCCAGCGGUGCUGAGAAACAAACUUCCAGAGCUGUCGCAGAGCGCAGAGGCAUCUGCUCUCCUCCUUGGUAGUCCUCUCUAUGACCUCCUCCUGCUGACUUCCUGUCAUAUGACAUCAGGAUGGCUUCGUGGGGACCUAACCCUGAGAGCAUGUGGAGGCGGCUACGCCGAGCCAGACAUCACCCAGUGCACGCCGCACCAGUGUUUCCACAGCAAUGCGCCACACUACGCUGAGACGGACAUCGUGCGGCUGCAGGGCGUCACUGGCAGCAACAUGUACGCCGUCCCCGCCCUCACCGUGGACUCUCUCACCAGGAAGGACAUCUCCGCUGCCGAGUUUCCUCGGCAACAGCUGAUCUUCAGGGAGAAGCUGGGGGAGGGGCAGUUUGGCGAGGUCCACCUGUGUGAGGCGGAGGGACUCCCAGAAUUUCUUGGGGAAGGCUCGCCCCUCCCUGACCGAGACGGUCACUCCGUGCUUGUGGCUGUUAAACAGCUGAGGGCCGACGCUACCAGCCAAGCCAGGAACGACUUCCUGAAGGAAAUAAAGAUUAUGUCUCGUCUGAAUGACCCCAACAUCAUCCGACUGCUGUGUGUGUGUGUGUCGUCCGACCCGCUGUGCAUGGUUACUGAGUACAUGGAGAACGGAGACCUCAACAUGUUCCUGUCGCAGCGGGAGAUCGAGAGCACUCUAACACAUGCCAACAACAUCCCUUCAGUCAGCCUGUCUGACCUCCUCCAUAUGGCGGUGCAGAUCUCGUCGGGGAUGAAGUACUUGGCAUCUCUGAACUUUGUGCACCGUGACCUGGCCACAAGAAACUGCCUGCUGGACCGCCGCCUCACCAUCAAGAUUGCCGACUUCGGUAUGAGCCGAAACCUGUACAGCAGCGACUACUACCGUAUCCAGGGCCGGGCGGUGCUGCCCAUACGAUGGAUGGCCUGGGAGAGCAUCUUGCUGGGUAAAUUCACCACAGCCAGUGACGUGUGGGCCUUUGGAGUCACCCUGUGGGAGAUCUUCACUCUGUGUAAGGAGCAGCCCUACAGCCUGCUGUCUGAUGAACAGGUCAUAGAGAACACUGGCGAGUUCUUCAGGAACCAGGGCAGACAGAUCUUCCUCUAUGCCCCUCCACUCUGCCCACCUUCUCUCUUUGAGCUGAUGAUGCGUUGCUGGAGUCGCGAUAUCCCUGACCGACCCACCUUCGAGGGACUUUACCAAGCCCUGAAGCCCCACGUCAACCAGUGAGUCGAGGCUGCUGGGAUCUGCCGGUUGGGAUUUCCGUGGCGGUGGGACUCUUAUAAGAAGACAGACUGACACAAGAGCACAGAGGACUGGGAUUACAGUGCAGAGGGAUUGUUGGUUUGCUUCGC